AACUACACUCCCCACAAUCCCCUGCGCCUCCCGCUCGCUGCGGUUGCUUAGGGCCAAUCGGGAGAGGCAGUUGUGGCGGGGGCCGAGGAGGGACAUUUUAAAAGGGCCGGAGAUUGCGGGCGUCAGUGGCCAUGGCGGAUACAGCGACUACAGCAUCGGCGGCCGCGGCUAGUGCCGCGAACGCCUCGGCCGAUGCACCCCCUUUCCAGCUGGGCAAACCCCGCUUCCAGCAGACGUCGUUCUACGGUCGCUUCAGGCACUUCUUGGAUAUCAUUGACCCUCGCACCCUCUUUGUCACCGAGAGACGUCUCAGGGAGGCUGUGCAGCUACUGGAGGACUACAAGCAUGGGACCCUGCGCCCGGGGGUCACCAAUGAACAGCUCUGGAGUGCACAGAAAAUCAAACAGGCUAUUCUACACCCGGACACCAAUGAGAAGAUCUUCAUGCCCUUUAGAAUGUCAGGUUACAUUCCUUUUGGGACGCCAAUUGUAGUCGGUCUUCUUCUGCCCAACCAGACGCUGGCAUCCACUGUCUUCUGGCAGUGGCUGAACCAGAGCCACAAUGCCUGUGUCAACUAUGCAAACCGCAAUGCUACCAAGCCUUCACCUGCAUCCAAGUUCAUCCAAGGCUAUUUGGGAGCUGUCAUCAGCGCUGUCUCCAUUGCUGUGGGCCUUAAUGUCCUGGUUCAGAAAGCCAACAAGUUCACCCCAGCCACCCGCCUUCUCGUCCAGAGAUUUGUGCCGUUCCCUGCUGUAGCCAGCGCCAAUAUCUGCAAUGUGGUCCUGAUGCGUUACGGGGAGCUGGAGGAAGGGAUUGAUGUCCUGGAUGGUGACGGCAACCUUGUGGGCUCCUCCAAGAUCGCAGCCCGACAUGCCCUGCUGGAGACGGCGCUGACGCGAGUGGUCCUGCCCAUGCCCAUCCUGGUGCUACCCCCGAUCGUCAUGUCCAUGCUGGAGAAGACAGCUCUCCUACAGGCACGCCCCCGGCUGCUCCUCCCUGUGCAAAGCCUCGUGUGCCUGGCAGCCUUCGGUCUGGCCCUGCCGCUGGCCAUCAGCCUCUUCCCGCAGAUGUCAGAGAUUGAAACCUCCCAGCUAGAGCCUGAGAUUGCCCAGGCCACGAGCAGCCGGACGGUGGUGUACAACAAGGGGCUGUGAGUGGUGGCCAGCCGGCCUGGGGACGGAGCACUGUUCAGGCCGGGGAGUCGAGGGCAGGGAAGGAGACUCGUGGCUGCACCUGCGGGGGGAGGAAGCAAGCCGACCCCACCAGUCCUGGGCCACUUGGGGGAACGCUCAACCCGCAGUGGUAGGGAGACUGAUCCAUUCACAUUUUAACUUAGGGAAGAGGAGUUCUAACACAUUUCCUGUAAAAAAAAUAAUCAAGUGCAUUUCUGGGCCUUACAUGGGGUUGCCAAAACUCCACUCAGCACAAUUAUGUGUGAAGCUGAAAAAUUGUAGCGUGCCCACGGGGUAGAAUUAGAAUUCUUUUAUACUUUGAUUUCUUUUUUAUUUUUAUUUUUUUAUCAGAAUCCAAUCUGAGCCUUGGUUUCAGCUGAUCAGAAGUGGCAGGUAGACGGUGGUAGCAGUGAGAGCAGGUCUGGGAGCUGGGUCAGUUUGGUGUCUGGGUUGGUGGACUUAGUAUCUUACACUGGCCAGGCCAGAUGGCUCCCUUAUGAUUAAGGUCCACAGGAAGUAGCCCAGGGAAUCAAGGAGCACUGGAGGCCACUGAACGUGGUCAGUCGUCAUACCUGCCACAGCUGCAGAACUACUCCCUUUCAGUGAAACCCAGUGACGCUGGGACUGGGGUCACCCUUUGUGGAGCACUGACUGAUCCAAGGGUCCCGAGAUGACCCCAGCUCCAGGCAGGGAGCCCCAAGAAGGAAUGGGACUUGGCAGAAACCAUGGGCCUGCACAUGGCCUCUGAGAAGAUCCUCCUUCCAGGGCCAAGGCUAGGCAUUGGGGUGGAGGGUGGGGCUGGAGCUAGGCUGACAGCUGUCUAGGAGCCUCUCCAGCUCCCAAGUCUGCCUGCGCCAUCUCACCCCUUCCUGAAUAGGAAGGUCUCAUGCCUGAAAAUGUCCAGGCCAGGUCUGUAGGCACUUAUCAGAAAGGCAGCAUCCACUCAGGAACAGCAGGCCAGGCUCUGGCACUAAUGAACUGUGCGACCAUGGACAAGUUCACUCCCUUCUUUGAGCCUGCACUUCCUGUCUGGAA